CAACCAGAAAAAAGUCAACUAAGCUCUGCUGGGAGGAUGAACAACAAAUGAUGAUGCUUGAGGUUAUUUCCUUUUUUAAACAAAAGCUUUUUGUAGGCACAGUUUUGUCAGGACCGAAGAGCAAACAUUAACUCCUACACAGAUCUGCAUUUUUUACGUCUUUGAUUCAUGAAGUUGCUCUUUUUCCUUUUUUUGACACUAUGCCAAAGUGCUGAAUGUAAAAUAUCCUGAUCUCCCUGGAUGGAAGAAAUGGAACAAGGAGAUGUUUAAAUGAGCUGUGGACUCUUUGUCUCGUGAGAAAGCUUAGAGAAGACAUCUGUAUGCCUCUCUGCACACUGUUUCCUAUUUGGUGGCUGGCUUAUUUCACAAGACAGUAACAAAGCAUGCUUUAAAUCGGGCAUUGGUGAUAUAACGACUUCAGCGGGUUCUGAAAAUGCUCCUUUUUCUUGUGAACUCUCAAUGCAGACGUCAAUUGUCUCGCUAUGAGAAAUAAGUAUUUUCUUUGAAACUUAGGAGUCAUUUUGCAAAUCUUUGAUUGGCUUUUCUCUUGCAUCCCUCAUUUUUUCUGCAUUCUCAACCCCCACAAUCACAGUUUCAAACCUUCUUGGUGAAUGUUUUGGUUUUUUUUCUCCUGUUCUUUGCCCCAGGGCAAACUGGACUGAGAGCAAGUGUAUUGCAGUUUCCUCACUCGGUCCUAAUCAACAACCUGCUCUCCUCGGUAUUUCUCCCACCUUUCCUCGCUGCGGUACCCAUCAUUCUAACACAAUGUUCGAGGAGCUGUGGAACUCCACGGAUCAGGUCGGGCUCAAUGGAUCAGAAGCAAACUUAUCUCUCGGAAGACGUUCGUUUGACAUAGAAGAGGAGGGAAACCAGCAUCCGUUUCUCACAGAUGCCUGGCUGGUACCGCUGUUCUUCUCUCUCAUCAUGUUGGUCGGACUGGUGGGCAACUCUCUCGUUAUCUAUGUCAUUUCCAAGCACAGGCAGAUGCGAACAGCCACCAACUUCUACAUAGCAAACUUGGCUGCCACCGAUAUAAUCUUUUUAGUGUGCUGCGUCCCCUUUACUGCUACUCUCUACCCCCUCCCUGGAUGGAUCUUCGGCAACUUCAUGUGCAAAUUUGUUGCAUUUCUGCAGCAGGUAACAGUACAAGCUACAUGUAUCACCCUGACUGCCAUGAGUGGAGACCGCUGUUACAUCACAGUCUACCCUCUCAAAUCUCUCCGUCACCGCACCCCAAAAGUAGCCAUGGUAGUUAGCGUUUGCAUUUGGAUUGGCUCCUUCAUCCUGUCCACCCCAAUUUUAAUGUACCAGCGGAUAGAGGAUGGCUACUGGUACGGUCCGAGACAAUACUGCAUGGAGAGAUUUCCCUCUAAGACGCAUGAGAGAGCAUUUAUCCUCUACCAGUUUAUUGCCGCCUACCUACUGCCAGUGUUCACAAUCUCUUUCUGCUACUCAAUGAUGGUGAAGAGAGUAGGUCAACCCACUGUAGAGCCUGUUGACAACAAUUACCAGGUCAACCUCCUGUCUGAGAGAACAAUCAGCAUCAGAAGCAAAGUAUCCAAGAUGGUGGUGGUGAUCGUCCUCCUCUUUGCCAUUUGUUGGGGUCCCAUCCAGAUCUUCGUGCUUUUCCAAUCUUUCUAUCCAAACUACCAACCCGAUUACACAAUGUACAAGAUCAAGACCUGGGCCAACUGCAUGUCUUAUGCCAACUCCUCCGUCAACCCCAUUGUUUAUGGCUUUAUGGGAGCCAGCUUUCAAAAGUCCUUUAGGAAAACCUUCCCAUUCCUGUUCAAACACAAGGUCAGAGAUAGUAGCAUGGCUUCAAGGACUGCCAAUGCUGAGAUCAAGUUUAUUGCUGCAGAUGAAGGCAACAAUAAUAAUGGUGUGAACUGAUUCUGACAAUUUAAAGACAAAGGGUGAGAUUAUUGUUUCCAGAGGAACGCAGCAACGGAUGUCAGCUAGAAAAUAAUUUUUUGGUGAACAACUGUUUAAUCUUAAAGGGCAACACUGUGCUUGGCGUUCAUAUUCACAUUGUAUUCAUUUUUAUGUUUAAGCAAUUGAAAACAAACACUUAAUUGAAACUAAAAGGUUUAGACACACUUUCUCAUUUAACGGUUUUCCUUGAGUAUUUACAUUGUACAUAGAUUCUCAUUGAAGGCAUUCAAACUGUGAAUGAACACAUAUGAACUCAUGUAGCAAACAAAAUAUUGUAAAAGAACUUUAAAUAUGUUUUAUAAUUUAGAUUCCUUAAAGUAGCUGCCUUUUGUUGUGAUGAAAAUAUUAACCUUGGGUCAUCUCUCAAUGGAUGUCUGGGACGUUUGUUUAAGACUCUUUGAAAAACCAUUUUAGGUGACUACCUCAUGAAGCUCAGGGAGAGAAUACUAAGAGGUCAAAGCAGUAAUCAGAGCAAAGGGUGGCUUUUUUUGAAAGAUCUAAAAUCUAAAAUUGUUUAGAUUUAUUUCACACUUUCUGUUUACUAUAUAAUUCCAUGUGUGCCCAUUCUGAGUUUUGUUGCCGUGGGUGAGAAUCUACAACGUAAGCAAUCUUGAAAAUAAUGAGACCCAUUAAUGUGAGAAAGUGUAUCUAAAGCUUUUGGCCGGUAGAGUACAUCCAAGGAUUAGAUUUAAAUGUAUUGCUUUUGCCUGAAUUGAGUUAAUGUGUGGGUGUUUGAUGAAGCAGAACUUUUAUGGGGUUUUUCAUAAGCAUAUGCUCUACGCUGACUAGGUUGACGAGCCGGAUCUCAAAAGCUUUUAUGCAGGCUAGCGUAAUGGUUUAGUUUUAAACCAGGUGCUAAUGGAAUUUGAUGAAGUGAGUUGCAGGGGGAAGCUAUGAUAGGAACCUAGAUAGUAGCUACAUGAAAUUGUGACUACUAUAACAGUGAAAGUAUCACAAAGGAAAGGUAUUCAGUUACUUUCAGCAAAAUCAGAAAUGAACCUCACUGAUUAAACUGAUUGUUAGAAUUUUUACAGACAAAAUUUGUAUAAAACAUUUUAUUUGGGUAUAUUGUAAUCAUACUUCCAGGUAUAAAACACUUUUUACCUUGCUGCUUGGCAAGAAAGUGUUUGUGUUUACAUGAAACUUUUUAUGACUUAGCUUUUUCUUCUUUUAAAAUUACCUCACUUACAAGGUGGUUUACUUUUCAUAUUCACACAUAGCCAUUUUAUGUCAUGGAGUUUUUUUCAUGACAACCUAUAAAAUGAAAACCUUUGAGGAGCUUACAUUAGUUAGUUAUUAACUAUUAAAACCAUCCAUGUAAUAUACCUUUACAGUGCUGACAUAUUGUGCAGCUUUUGUUAUAACAAAACUGUUUCUUCUGCUUUAAAACGUUGUAUUAUUCAUCUGCAAUCUGACUGUAGCUUUCUAUGUAUGAAACAGUAAUGUUAUAUUGAAGUUGUUAUAUUUCUGAAUUUCCAACUUGUAAUAGCAUUUACACAAACCUCAGUGUCUAUGUCAUUGUCUGAACUGGUAUCAUUAAAACAAUCUAAAUGUG